AUGGCCGCGAAGUCGGAUGGAGCGGCGGCCGCAGCCGCGGCCGGCCCGGGGCCGGAGGGGGCAGCCGGCGGAGCCCGGGGCAGUGCGGGCGGGCGCGGAGAGGCGGCAGCGGCAGCCGAGGGUCCCGGAGAGACCGGGCCGGGCGGCUCGGGGCCGCGCUACGAGCUGCGGGACUGCUGCUGGGUGCUGUGUGCGCUGCUCGUGUUCUUCUCCGACGGCGCCACGGACCUGUGGCUGGCGGCCUCCUACUACCUGCAGGGUCAGCGCACCUAUUUCGGCCUCACGUUACUGUUCGUGCUCCUGCCCUCGCUAGUCGUGCAGCUGCUCAGCUUCCGCUGGUUUGUUUACGAUUACACAGAGCCCGCGGGGGCCCCGGGACCCGCCGUCAGCACGAAGGACAGCGGCGCCGGCGAGACCGCUGUCAGCACCAAGGACAGCGUCGUCGCCUUCCGGACCAAAGAAGGCAGCCCCGAGCUGAGCCCCCGCCCCGCGCCCUCCUCGGCCGGCGCCUACCGCCGCCGCUGCUGCCGCCUCUGCGUCUGGCUGCUGCAGACCCUCGUCCACCUCCUGCAGCUCGGCCAGGUCUGGAGGUACCUGCGCGCCAUGUACCUGGGGCUGCAGAGCCGCUGGCGCGGGGAGCGGCUGCGGCGCCACUUCUACUGGCGGAUGCUGUUCGAGAGCGCCGACGUGAGCAUGCUGCGCCUGCUGGAGACCUUCCUGCGCAGCGCGCCGCAGCUCGUGCUGCAGCUCAGCCUCCUGGUGCACCGCGGCGGCCAGCCCGACAUGCUGCCCGCCCUUUCCACCUCCGCCUCACUCCUGUCCCUGGCCUGGACACUGGCCUCCUACCAGAAGGUGCUGCGGGACUCGCGGGAUGACAAGCGGCCCCUGUCCUACAAAGGUGCCGUGGCCCAGGUGCUGUGGCACCUGUUCACCAUCGCAGCCCGCAGUCUGGCCUUUGCACUCUUUGCCAGCGUCUACAAGCUCUACUUUGGCAUCUUCAUUGUGGCCCACUGGUGUGUCAUGACCUUCUGGGUCAUCCAGGGCGAGACAGACUUCUGCAUGUCCAAGUGGGAAGAGAUCAUCUACAACAUGGUGGUGGGCAUCAUCUACAUCUUCUGCUGGUUCAAUGUCAAGGAGGGCCGCAGCCGCCGUCGCAUGACCCUCUACUACUGCAUUGUCCUGCUUGAGAAUGCCGCACUCACCGGCUUCUGGUACUCCAGCCGCAACUUCUCCACCGACUUCCGCUCGCUCAUCCUGGUCUGUGUGGUGGCCUCCAGCUUUGCGCUCGGCAUAUUCUUCAUGUGUGUCUACUACUGUCUUCUGCACCCCAAUGGGCCCAUGCUGGGUCCUCAGGCGCCUGGAUGUAUCUUCCCUAGGGCCCCGGAGCCCUGUGGCCCACCAGCUGAAGCUGUCACAAGUCCCCCAAGAUCCCUGCCAAGGACUACAGGAGCAGAGAGGGAUGGGGCCUCAGUGGGGGGCGAGCGUGCAGGGACCCCCACACCACCUGUCUUCCAGGUGCGGCCUGGCUUGCCUCCCACACCAGUGACCCGCACCUUGCGAACAGAGGGGCCUGUCAUUCGGAUUGACCUGCCUCGUAAGAAGUACCCUGCAUGGGAUGCUCAUUUUAUUGACCGCCGGCUCCGGAAGACCAUUCUGGCGCUGGAGUACUCCUCACCCACCACACCCCGGUUGCAGUACCGGAGCGUGGGGACCUCCCAGGAGCUGCUGGAGUAUGAGACCACAGUGUAGGCCACAGUCUACCCCAAAAAGGGGUAGGCUCAGCUGACCCACAUCAACCACAGUGUUGAGCCCAGAAUUUCAGGGCCACCAGGCUAAGGGAGAGCGGAUCUGUUGGUCCAAGGGUAGAGUGACCCCACCAUUGGGUUCUUUCAGGAUAGGGGGCAGCCUUGUGGAGGCCCCAGCCCUAGGCCCUGUUUUCAGCCCUGUGGCCAACUUCCUAAACUCUCCUGAACCGGGGCCCAGGGAAUCAACUGGUGCUAUAUUGCCACUUCCAUGGAGGCCUCCAUACCAUGUCUGGUGCCAGGGCCCCACACCCUCUCUCUCCCCUGCCUGGAGUUACCCACGCGUUGCCCCUUCUGGACCUGCUAGAACAAGGGCGCUGUGUAGGGUCCAUGACCUAGGCCCUAUGCUCCUUGUGGGUAUGGAGGGGGGCUGCCCCUCUGGUAAGAGGAGAUCUCUGAGAAGGAUGAAGGAGGCUGUGGAAGAUGUGAGGUGUGGUGAGAGCAUCUGGCAGACAAAGGUGUUGCACUUCCCAUGGAGUCUGAGGUCUGGAGCCUGGGCA